GUCAAGCUGGGCUGGAUGGCAGCACCCGGCUGCUGCAGCCUCUCGGCUGCUUUUCAGGAGUACCUGCGGCACCUGGCGCUGCAGGACUUCCCCUGCGGCCUUGGCAGCUGGAACAAAUCCUGCCUCAGUGACCACAGGAGCCCCCACAGGGUCCAGCCCGGGCAGGAGGAGGCUGUGCUGGACGAGGAGACCCCCGAGGCACUGCUGGAGCUGCUGAAGGACCAGCACAGCCCCUGGUCACUGCCACAGGACUGCAGUCCCCAGGACCGGCUCCUGAAGGAGGUGGCCGUGCUGGCACCCGAGCUCGUCCAUGGCUCCAAAGUCUACCAGGUCCUCAAGUCCCUGCGGAUGGUCAACAAGGGAGUGGAGGAGGUCGAUGAGGGUGUGUUGCAGUUCCAGCAGCUGGAGGAGCUCAUCCUCAGUGCCAACCAGAUCAGCAGGAUCCCCUCGGCCAACCUGCCCCGGACACUGAAGGUCCUGGAGCUCUGCUGCAACACUGUGGGCGAUCUGGAGGACCUGUGCUCUCAGCCUCCUCCGGAGCUCCAGCACUUGGGGCUGGGACACAACAGGCUGUGCGGCCCUUCCCAGGACAAGUUCCUCACUGAGGAUUUCUGGCCAAACCUUAUCUCCCUUGACCUGAGCUUUAACAACCUCACAGAUCUGCUGGGGCUGGUCUCCCAGCUGUCCAGUCUGCAGAAGCUCCGCAUCCUGGUGCUGCAAGGGAACCCCCUGGCUUUCAUCCCCACCUACAGAGGCUUCCUCGUGGACAGCCUGUCCAAGCUGUCCAUCCUGGAUGACAUCUACAUAGGGCCUGAUGAGAGGCAGCAGUUCCAUGGCUUGGCGAGGCAGCCAGAACUAAGCAGGAGUGAAGCUCGAGUGCUUGUGAGCGUUGGGGAGAUGAGGGGAGUCCCUGAUCCCAGCGCUCUCCAGCAGCUGGAGGUUGACUCCGAGGCCCCGGUGAUCACCUACAGCUACUUUGUCACCUACGAGUUUGCGGAGGGAGAGGAGGAGUUUGUGGAGGGAGAGGAGCUCAAGGACGAGAGCAACACUGAGGUAACAAAAACCCACCAGAGUUCCAUGGUGACCAUGCUGGAUGUGGACAGCUCUGCUCAGGCCACAGGAGAAACAAAGAACCAGCAGGACCCUGCAGCCAUGGAGGAGUCAAAGGCUCGCUCUGCAAAGGUGUUUGCCACCCCUGGAAAGCCCUGGGCAGACACCAUCGACUGCAGCUACACAAAGGAGCACAUUGCCAAGGACUUGGUGGGGCUGAAGUCCUACCUGGCAGCUGGAACGAUUGUGUCGGUUGUGGAGGAGAAGGUGCUCUCAUGGCCUGUAGAUGCUGACCCAGAGGACAACUUAGUCAUGAAUAAGAAGGAAGGACAGGACAGUGCCAAGUCUCCUGUCUCCAGGGACAAGAAAAAGAAGCAGCAGCAGCAGCCGCCACGUGAACUCCGCAGUGACCCUCCCAUUCUGAGCACCCUGGGCACCACCAGGGUGACCUUGGAAGCCCUGCUGGCCACUGAGGACCUGGUGGCAACUGUGUGUGACUUUGGGGUCCUGAUCUCUGAGAAACCACCAGAAUCACCAGUUCCAGAGGAGAAGGAUGAGAAAAAAGGCAAAGACAAGAGCAAAAAAACAAAAGCAGAAGGAAAAGGAAAAAACAAAGACACUGCUGAGCUGGAGGAAGGUCAAGAGCUCCAGCCGGUGCCACUGACAGUUCAAUUCCAGAUGCAGCUGCUUCGGUGGCCCUUGGCAGUCGGUGCCCAGAGCCAGGAGAACGAGGCCGUGGCAGUGGAGAAAACCCAGUAACGUGUCCAUAGCCGAGUGCGAAAUAAACCACACGGGAACGCUGCGUGGAUCCUGGUUGAGCCGAAUCGCCAGAGCUGGGAGAUCCCACUGGGUUCGAGGUGGUCUGGUGCUGCUGCUGAGCUUCUGCCGGAGCUGCGGUGGGCGGGGGCUGGUGCGGGGUGUGGAGUGCGAAGUGUA